AUGAAGUCUGAACUCACUGCCCAUCGGUCACUUGCGCAUCCGACCUCCGACCUCUGGUGCUUCUUUUUUCCCGUUUCUCGACCGACACCAAAGGACGCUCGCGAGCUCACCAUCUUUGAAUGA